UAAGCUCCAUGCAUGUAUGUUAUCUUACAAAAAUAGUACGACUACACUUAUACGGUGUAUGAGUGAACAAGAGAAAUCAACUGAAGCAGCGUUGCGUGUGUGCUGGGUUCUUAAUAAGCACCAAAAACCGUUUUCCGAUUCCGAAAUAGUAAAAGAGUGUAUGUUGGAAGUGGCCACUGCACUUUUUCAAGAAAAUAAAAAAAUCGUUACCUCUAUCCAAGAUAUUCCUUUGUCGGCAAGGAGUAACACAAGAAGGACAGAAAUGUUGGCAGCCGAAAACAAAAAAAGCUUAUUUGAACUUUUACAUAAGUCACCGUGCUACUGCAUUGCGCUUGAUGAAUCUUGUGACUUAGUUGAUUCUGAACAAAUGUCAAUUUUCGUGCGAUUCUUUGACAUUGAAAAUAAAGUGUUUAGAGAAGAUAGCAAUAUUGACAUUUGAAGGCAAGACUCGUGGAGAAGAUUUAUUUAAGAGUUUUGAUGACUUCAUGAAAAAAUCGGAUUUGAGUUAUGAUAAAAUUGUGUCAAUUUCCACUGAUGGAGCUCCAGCGAUGAUGGGAAAAGAAAAAGGAUUGUUAAAAAGAAUCCGGGAUAAUAAUUCCGGGAUAUUAACUUAUCAAUGCAUAAUUCACCAAACAUCACUUUGUAGUAAACUCAGUGCUACACUGAAAGACGUUAUGGACGGUUUGAUCAAGUUAAUCAAUUUUAUCAGGUCGCGUUCUUCUCUUCAACACAGACAGUUCAAAGAGUUCCUGUGUCAAUGUGAUUCGGCUUAUUCAGAUUUACUACAACACAAUCAUGUUCGUUGGCUCAGUAAAGGUCGAGUAGUUGAACGUUUUUGGAAGAUUAAAGAAGUAAAAACAUUCCUAAAAAAUGUAGAUACUGAAGAAGCAAAGAAACAUUCGGAUUUCUUAGAAAACAAUCGAAAUAUAGUUGCAAUGGCUUUCUUAAAUGACAUUUUGAAGUAUUUAAAUACGCUUAAUGUCGAAUUACAAGGAGAAGGGAAAUUAAUAUGUGAUUUAAUACAAAGUGUGUCUGCUUUCCGUCGCAAACUAAAUAUAUUUAAAGGCGACAUUGAACAAAAAAAAUUCAUUCACUUUCCCACAAUAUUUGAAUGCAAAAAUCAUUCAGAAAUUAUAAACAUCGAAACAUUUUUAAGUUUUUUGUCAGAUCUUAUGAAGGAAUUCGAUGCUAGAUUCAAAGACUUUUCUGAAAUAGGAAAACUAUCACAAUUCUUAAAAACCCCUUACGAUGUUCUCCCAGACGGAGAAUGGACUGAUGUAGCUGAAAAAUUAUUUAAUCUUUCAAAGUCAAAACUCCAAAUGGAAAUAAUAGACUUACAGGAAGAUGUUUCCUUGAAGCAGUACAGAAGUGCGUCAACUGAAGAAUUCUGGGCUAAAGAUGCCAUUGACAAGUAUUCAAACUGUAAGCAACUGGCAAUCAACUUGGCUACGAUGUUUGGUUCGACAUACAUUUGUGAGGCAUCGUUUUCAAAAAUUAAUUUUUUGAAAAACAAAUAUCGGACAAAAUUAACAGACUCUCACCUUGAGGACACAUUGCGCAUAAGCUGUUCUCCACGAGUUCCCGAUUUCAAAAAGCUGGCUAAGGAAAAUAAAUGCAAUUUUUCGCAUUAAAUAAUUUACUGUAAUAAAUAUAUUUUUUUUCAUACUUUUAAUUUUGUAAUUAUUAAUAUAAAUUAAUUGUAAUAACUGAAUAAUUAUUUUUAUUUUUAUACUGCUAUUUUUAAUAUAUAAAGAUUUGAAAAAGAUUUUUUUCACUGGACCUCAUUGAUUUAUUAUUUUAAUCUUUAGGACUCCAAUAGAAAUUACUUGCCGACCCCUGAUUUAGUUGAAACAAAGUGUCCAGCAUCAGCAAAAAGUAUGAGUCAAAAGACGGAAUCGCUACGAAAAAAAAAAAAUAUUGUGAAAUAAAAUAUGGACAGCUGUAUCUCAAACGUAAUCACAACUACAGAAGUACAGAUACCAUUACCAAGUACAAACGGGCAAUUGCAUAUUUCGAGUAAAUUAUAUACUGCUAUUUUUGUAUUUAUAGACGCCUAAAGGUUUGAUGUUUAAAAAAAUACGUGACGACAGUUUUUGGGAAAACAAAAUGAAAAUGAAAUUAAAAAUAUUUUAUUUAGAAA